CCGGAAACGUGAGUCGGUAACUUGAUAAUCUACAUUCUGUUUCAAGCAUAUACAGUACAUAAAACGGUCGGCCAGUGUGCCAUUUGACACCACAGAGGAGGGACUUCUGGCCACCAUGGCGCCUACGAAAACUAAAUGUGAAGAGGACAACAUGGGUGACGUGGACAAGGGCAAGAAGAUCUUCGUACAAAGGUGUGCGCAGUGUCACACUGUGGAGGCCUGCGGUAAGCACAAGACUGGUCCCAACCUCAAUGGUCUCUUUGGCCGCCAAACUGGUCAAGCUGCUGGCUAUACGUACACCGACGCCAACAAGUCUAAAGGCAUCACGUGGAACUGUGAAACACUAGACGUUUAUCUCACCAAUCCCAAAAAGUUCAUCCCAGGCACCAAGAUGGUGUUUGCUGGGUUGAAGAAAAAGAAGGAGCGUAGCGACUUGAUAGCCUACCUGGAGGUCUCCACCGCUACAUAGAUAGCAAUGACGUGAUCAGGGGAUCUGAGUCCCUCAAAGAAUGAACUGAAAGUGCAAGUCAGUGACUCGUGUGUUAAAUAGACGUGGAAAAUUCUGAAUAUUUGUCCGAUUUAGUCCCCCCCCCCCCCUGUACAUACAAUGCUCGUCUGUUUGUAUCUCACUGGUUGGUCGAGGAGAGGGAAGGGGGUAAACGAGUCUCCUCCCUCUCCUCACCUCCAGGGCUUCUGGCUAUGUGUCGAAGGGUUUUAAUUUAUUUUCAUUACAAAAUGUUAUGCCCCAUCGACUGACUUGUCUGACUGUAAAAACUGCCAUUCCAUUUACUUCAUUGAAAUACAUGUACAGUUAAAUAAUUA